UUCAAUUAUAGUCGCCAGCCAGCCAAUCAACAGCAAGAUAACUCAAUUUGACCCAAAAUCUCCCGCCAUUUUCAAGUUGUGGCCACAGAAAGUGGCGGUCUGGUGGAUUUUGAGACCGUCGACCUGCAUCGACUGAUCUUUAGUUUUUACCAUGGACACCAAAAGAAAGAAGCCCACCCCAGGCCCGAGUGCAAAGAAAGCGCGUUCAUCAGAGUGGGACGAGGAUGAGUCGUUGGACUUUGAAGCCCAGCUGGCGAUGAUGGAGGAGAUGGAAGAGGAGACAGUGGCUGCUGAUGGACCUGUAUCUGCUACGACCCGUAAAAAAUGGGUCCGUCCACCACCACCCAACCUCAACCCCAGGACUGACAGCAUCAGCUUUCAGCAGAUUGACCUGGACCAUUACAUAGGUUUCCCCAUGGAUGGCAUGCCAGGCUCCAGUGUCGGGCCUGUGCCCAUUGUCCGUAUGUUUGGUGUAACCAUGGAAGGGAACAGUGUGGUGUGCCACGUGCACGGCUUUUCACCAUACUUCUAUGUGCCUGCCAAACCAGAGUUUAAGGUUGAGCACUGUGCACAGUUCAGAGAUGCGCUGAACAAGAUUGUUCUGAAUGACAUGAGGUCCAACAAGGACAAUGUGAAGCAGGCAGUGCUGGCAGUGGAGAUGAUGGAGAAGGAGAAUAUGUAUGGUUUUCAUGGUAACCAGAGGCUGCCGUUCCUGCGUAUCACCGUGGCACUGCCACGUCUGAUUGCCCCGGCCAAGAGACUGCUGGAGCAGGGCUUCUCCUGCCCGGGCUAUGGUCUCCAUGGAUACCAGUCCUUUGAAAGCAAUGUUGACUUUGAAAUCAGGUUCAUGGUGGACACUGGAGUGAUCGGCUGUAACUGGAUCGAACUUCCCGCUGGGAAGUACCGACUGAAGGAUCAGCUGAAGUCCCUGGCCCAGAUAGAGGUGGAUGUGUCCUGGGAGGAGUUUGUGUCCCACCCUGCGGAGGGGGAGUGGCUGAAGAUUGCGCCACUCCGGGUGCUCAGCUUUGACAUUGAGUGUGCUGGCAGGAAAGGUAUUUUUCCUGAGCCAGAGAAGGAUUCCGUGAUCCAGAUCGCCAACAUGGUGGUACGACAGGGCGAACGAGAACCCUUCAUACGCAAUGUUUUCACCCUCAACAGCUGUGCCCCUAUUGUUGGGUCAAAGGUCCUGUCCUUUAAGAAGGAAGCGGACAUGUUGGCAGAAUGGUCAAGUUUCAUCCGUGAGGUAGAUCCAGACUUGGUGACAGGAUACAACAUCCAGAACUUUGACCUGCCUUAUCUCAUCAAGAGGGCUGCAACACUGAAGGUGACAAAAUUCCCUUUUCUGGGUCGGAUGAAAGACAUGCGAUCUGUUAUCAAGGACCAGAACAUCCAGUCCAAACAGAUGGGCAAACGGGAGAACAAGUAUGUCAACAUGGAGGGUCGGGUCACGUUUGACCUGCUGCAGGUUUUAUUGAGAGACUACAAGCUGCGAUCGUACACGCUGAAUGCAGUAUCAUACCACUUUCUGCAGCAACAGAAGGAAGAUGUUCAUCACUCCAUCAUCACAGACCUGCAGAAUGGUUCAGAGCAAACCCGGCGCCGUCUAGCGGUGUACUGUCUGAAGGAUGCCCUGCUACCACUGCGCCUGUUGGACAAACUCAUGAGUGUGAUCAACUACAUGGAGAUGGCUCGUGUCACCGGCGUACCGCUGACGUACCUCCUGACCCGCGGACAACAGAUCAAGGUCAUGUCACAGCUGCUCAGGAAGGCCAGAGAGCAGGACCUGGUGAUUCCGGCCAUGCAGUCCAGCGUGUCGGAUGAGCAGUAUGAAGGAGCCACUGUCAUCGAGCCAGCCAAGGGGUACUAUGACACCCCGAUAGCAACACUGGACUUCUCGUCCCUGUACCCUUCCAUCAUGAUGGCCCAUAACCUGUGUUACACCACCCUACUCAGCACCCCCAGCAGCAGGGCAAGCUUGAGCCCAGAUCAGUUCAUCAAGACCCCGUCUGGAAACUUCUUUGUCAAGAAGACGCUGCGGAAGGGUCUGCUGCCGGAGAUUUUAGAGAACCUGCUGUCUGCAAGAAAGAAGGCCAAAGCAGACCUGAAGAAAGAGACCGACCCUUUCCGUAAGUCCGUGCUGGAUGGCCGACAGCUGGCGCUGAAGAUCAGCGCUAACUCUGUGUACGGGUUCACAGGAGCGCAAGUGGGCAAGCUGCCGUGCCUGGAGAUAUCUCAGAGUGUGACAUCUUUCGGCAGGACAAUGAUUGAACAGACCAGACAGUUUGUGGAGGAGACAUACAGGGUAGCACUGGGGCACAAACAUGAUGCUAAGGUUAUCUAUGGAGACACGGACUCUGUGAUGGUGAAGUUUGGGGUGGAGACUGUGGCAGAAGCCAUGGAGCUGGGGAAGGAGGCAGCUCAGGCCGUGUCGGCAAAAUUCCCUCAUCCUGUCAAACUGGAGUUUGAAAAGGUGUAUUUCCCCUAUCUGCUGAUCAACAAGAAGCGUUAUGCUGGGCUCUACUUCACUAGGCCUGAGAUCCAUGACAAGAUGGACUGUAAGGGCAUUGAGACUGUGCGCCGUGAUAACUGCCCCCUAGUGGCUCACCUCAUAAACACAUGUCUGCAGAAACUCCUCAUCUACAGGGAUCCCCAGGGUGCUAUUGACCAUGCUAAGCAGGUGAUCUCAGACCUGCUGUGUAACCGUGUGGACAUCUCUCAGCUGGUCAUCACCAAGGAGCUGACAAAGGAGGGUGAUGAGUAUGCAGCUAAACAGGCUCACGUGGAGCUGGCAGAAAGGAUGAGGAAGAGAGAUGCGGGGAGCGCUCCGAACCUGGGGGACCGUGUUCCGUAUGUCAUCAUCGCUGCAGCCAAGGGAACAGCAGCAUACAUGAAGUCUGAGGACCCCAUCUAUGUUCUGGAGAACAACAUCCCCAUCGACACUAAGUACUACCUUGACCAACAGCUGUCCAAACCUCUCCUCCGCAUCUUUGAGCCAAUCCUGGGAGAGUCCAAGGCCACCUCUGUACUACUCAAGGGGGAGCACACCCUGAGCAAGACUGUCGUUUCCUCAAAGAUCAGUGCCCUUGCCGGCUUUGUGAAAAAGCGCAGCACCUGUAUUGGCUGUAAGACUGUCCUACAGAAGGAAGGGACAGCCGUCUGCAAGUAUUGCAAGGACAAGGAGUCUGAGAUCUACCAAAAAGAGAUCAUGCAGCUGAAUGCGCUGGAGGAGAAAUUCUCUCGGCUGUGGACCCAGUGCCAGCGGUGCCAGGGCAGUCUGCAUGAGGAUGUUCUAUGUACCAGCCGAGACUGUCCCAUUUUCUACAUGAGGAAGAAAGUUCAGAAGGACCUGGCCGAUCAGGACAAGAUGAUUCACAGGUUUGGCUCCCCCACCUGGUGAAAUGGCACAACCCAGAAUUAUGUCGCUCAAUGGUGGGCUGAUGCAAAACUUUGAUCUGUGACAAGGCUCUCAUGAUGAAUAGAGUGAAAGAUUUAUUACUCGAGAAUGGUUUAUUUGUAUUCAUUACAAUAGAAAGAUGAAUUUCAGUAGAUAUGAUUUCAGCUAACCCUUAGAGUAUAUGGUCCACAUUUGUUACAUGUACCUGUAUGGCUAAACUUACUUAUAUUAAUACUUGAUGAUCACUGAGAAGAAAACAUUUAGACUAUAAUAUCAACCUUCUACAUAUUGCUUUAUAAAAAGAUCUGUUAAGUUUCAAUGAUUUAAAGAGAAUUACUGCUUUAUUACUGCAAACUGAAUAUAACGACAAUGACAGGGUUAUGAGAUCAGACUUUCACAAAUGUAAAACUGAGCCAAACUGCAACAACUGUAGGACUUUACUUGUAACAUUCCAGACUCAUUCAGUUUGCUGUGGCAGUUGAGAUUAAAAUUAUAAAGUGAUCAUAUAAUAUUAUUACAAAAUGAUCCUAUUGAAAUAUGAUUGUACACAUGUUACCUACUCUCAAUGGGACUGGAAUAAAAUAUCUGUGACUAUCAGCUGUGGCAUUAUUUUGGAAUUUAUUGUUUUGAGUUUACACUAGAAGUAUGUUUGAGUUUUACUGCGGAAGGAAAUGAAAGUAAGGUUUUGUGUUGGAUAGAGUGGAAGACUGCAUCACGGACUUAAGACAGUGCAGUACAGUAAUACAUUGUUUACUUAAAUUGGACAGUUAUUACAGUGGAGCAGUCUGACUUUAGUCAGAUUCCAAAAGUCCAAAUAUACUGUAAAAUGCAUUUAAGUUCAUGGGGAUUUAAUUUCGGGGUAGCGGAAAAAAGGACUUUUCGCUGUGGUUUUAAGUUGUGGUAGCACCAUGCACUGUAGUCUCUUACUGCCAUGGAAAAAUGUUAGCAGUGGUGAAGUGGCCACCGCAAAGAUUAAACCACAGCGAAAGUUUCUGCAUUUACAGUAGUUUGCGGGCUGCAGUAUUUUCUGUCAUUAGCAUUUAAGGAACUCCUUUCGCACACACACCUCCUGCUUCAGUAUUAGGAUAUUGUGAUCUUGGAACAUGUUUACGGGGACAAAAAGAUAACGGGCAAAGGUAAGAUGUCUCACUUUUAUCAUGGCUGUGCUUGUCUUCUGUUGGACACCCCUAUAUACUGGUACAUGGAAAUAUUGUAAUCAUUAUCCAGUACCAAGGACAGACCUUACAGAAUGUGAAUUGUUUAAAUUGAAAAAUUAUGUUGAAUAGAAAAAUACUUCUUUCAUAAUACCUUAGGGUCCUGUAGAAAGUAUAGAUGAUUGUAUACAUUAACAUAACUAUCCAUGAGGCAUUCAUGAGCCAUUUUAAGACAUCUGGGUGGGCAAAAGUUGUUGGGAGAAAAGUGCCUGCGAGUGUAUAUAACUUAAGCUCAAGAAAUAAAGACUUGUAC